AUGUUCCUCGCCUCCCUCCCCCCCAACACCCCCAUCACCAUCACCAUAACCGGCACAAGCCCACACACCCCUCCCAACCUCACCAAAACACUGACCUCACUCUUCGCCUCCGCCCUAUCCGACUCUCUCUGCGCCCAUACCGAAACCCUCCACCAGCACCACACGAAUAGUACCAUCCACCUAACCUACUGGAGCACAGAAAACUACAAAACAUGGCUUGCAUCCCCAAUCGUCUCCGCUUUCUUCACCUCCCUCAACAACAAUGAUUCUGCUGAAGCUGCAGCAGCAGGAAUCUACCACGAAACCCUAACCAUCCAACCCUCCCGCAUCCAAGGCGCCACGAACCACCCCGUCCCAUCGGGAUGUAUGCACCUGGGAAAGAUAGAUCUCAAGCCCGAGUUAUCGGGGUAUUGGGGGUGUUAUCCGGAUCGGAUUGGGGAGAAGAGUAUUAGAUCGAAGAUUACUAGGGAGGAUAUUAGUGCAGCUGCUGUGUCUAUUGCAGAAAACAAGCCUGAAGAGAAAGGGAAGAUCCUCCCCGGGAAACAAACCAUCACCCACAUCUCCGAUAACAUCUGCUUCGUGGUCGAAGGUCAAGAUCACUCUGCUGCAUCUGCAGAGGAACGUACGUACUGGGCUGAACACUUCGAUUCCCUGUCGCAGGAGUGGGUGGGCCAGGUGCUAGGUGCGGGAUUACCGGGGGGUGUGGUUUCCUCUAGGGGAUGUUAUAAUCCUUCUGUGGAGAGUACGCUUCCUGAUUCUGAUGCUACUGCUGAGGAGGGAAAGAGGAGGUAUCCGUUGACGCUUGGGCGGGAUGUACAGUUGCUUUACUUUGUGGAUUUGCAGUAUAUGGAGACGUUGGGGAGGAAGAGUGCGGAGCAUGUUAAGCUUAGGAAGGCGUUUAUGGAGGCGUAUGGGCCUGGGGGUGUGCUGUUUGGAGGGGGGCUGAAGUUGUGGGUUGAGACGGCGGUGUUGAGGGAUGGGGAUUUCUUGGGCGAGUAUUGGGGGUGUGUGCAGGGGACGGGGUUGUUGGGGGUUAGGGGGGUGUUGGGGGUUGAGUGA